GUCGGCUCUAGGUUGGGGCGGAAGUGAGUUAGGAUUCGGAGCAGCGAGAAGAUGGCGGGUAUUAAAGCUCUGGUUGGCUUAUCUUUCAGUGGUGCCAUAGGUCUAACCUUCCUCAUGUUAGGCUGUGCCCUUGAACAGUAUGGUGUUUACUGGCCACUGUUUGUGCUGAUCUUUUACUUCCUGUCGCCCAUUCCAAGUUUUAUUGCACGAAGAUUGGGAGAUGACACUGAUGCAGCGAGCAGUGCUUGUCGUGAACUUGCAUACUUCUUCACUACAGGGAUUGUUGUUUCUGCCUUUGGGCUCCCAAUAAUUCUUGCUCGAGUUUCAGUGAUCCAGUGGGGAGCCUGUGGACUCGUGCUGGCAGGCAAUGCAGUAAUCUUCCUCACCAUUUUGGGCUUUUUCUUAGUAUUUGGUAGAGGUGAUGACUUUAGCUGGGAACAGUGGUAGUAGAUUUGAUGACCUUUUGGCAUUGAAGCUGAAUUGUAUUAUUAAAACUCCAAACUUUAAGUGCAGUAUACAACACUAUUUUCGACAUUGUGUUUUCAAUUAACUGUAAACAUUUAAGAAGUAAGGUUCAUGACUGUAUUUUAGAGAUUUCAUUACCUGGGGCUUCAGCAAGCUGUCUCAUCUCCAAAAUGGCAAUUUUACUUGAACUGAAAAUGGGGGAAAAUGCAAAUAGUUGCUUGUUCAGUCUAGUGAAUGAAAUUACUCACAUGGCGUGUGAUCACACAACUCCACAAAAUUUUUACAUUUUGUGGUGAUAAUGUUACAAUUUUGAGCAGAAGAUUUGUCCCAAAGUCACUUCUAAAUCUUUGCCCAUUUCAGUUUCAUUUUUAAAAUUAUAGUUUACUUAACGUGUUGUAUGAAUAAAAAAAUUGACGAGUCAUGAUGUGUGAUCAAUGUUGCAUGCAUGCAGUUGUAACAGGCUUGAAAUUUUUUGAUUAGCCCACCCUGGGCUGCCUCCCUUUUAGGUACAUGAACACCCAUUGAUCAGUGUUGACUUGGUAACACAUUUUUCAGGGAUGCACCUUUUAACCUUGGCACACAUCCCAGUGUUAAAACCUUUUUCAAUGCACCUUAUGCGGCAGUAUGCAUAAUUUCCAGUGAAUAGAAUGCUCGUAUUGAGUCCUUUAGAAGGUCCCAUCUCUGCCAUUUUGAAUACUUGUGGAAAGAUUCUAGUGCUUUAGAAAUCAGAUUAUAUUAGAAAACAAAAUACAGUGCAUCUUCAUUCCCCAGGAAAUGUUUCUUUAUCAGUUAUGCGCUAGUCAAAGGGCUUUUUAUGUUCAGAAAUUGAAGCAUUAAAAACAAUAUUACUGGACAUUUUUUUGCUAUUGUGUUAGCAAAAUGUCUUACUCUUUCUCAUACUGACUCCUAUUUUGAAGGGUGAUUUAUUUGACCGAGUUCAGAUCUUUUUGGCUGUAUAUCUACAUUAGAUUAAACUAUCUGCUCUAAGAAUGUACUUAACUCCUUCACAUAAAUUUCAGAUGCUUGAAUUAUGAAAAUGGACACCUUGCAUUAUGAAGUACUCGUAAAUUGAGAUAAUUUGGCAGUGAAUUAUAGAUGAUAUACAAUUCUGCAUUUGGUUUUAUGUCCCCUUGACAAAUGGUUCAAUUUUAGCAUUAAGCCAAGCUGAAAAACUACAUAUAGAUACAGCUUUGAAUUCAGUACUUACAGUUUUGCAUAUUUGCUCAAAACAUUGCUAUCAUAUGUUUGUCGGUUUGGAUAAAUGGAAUAGCAUUUACUUUUUUUUGUUUCAACUUUGCCUUUUUAAAAAAGAACAAAAGAAAAAUUACAUUUAAAUCAUGUGGGCACUUAAACAAUUACUGCAUUUGCUUUCUCAUUUUCUAGAAUGAUCUGAUAACUUGUAACCUAGACCAAGUAAUGUUCUUUUUAGGAAGCUUUGACCACUCAGUUUCACAAUAUGGUAUAACAUGCAUCUAAUUAUCAAAGGUGAGAGUUAGAUGAAUGCCGAAUAUAUUUGCAUGAUAUUUUUCUAUUAUUUUAAUGGGGGUGUUGAAUAACUUUAAAAAUAGAACUGUGGUCAACUUAUGAAUUUUUUUUUUGUAUUAAUAUUGCCAACUGUAACUUCUGGCCUUGCCUUUUAAAAUACAACCAAGAUUAAUUGGGGUAAAACAUUCUGAUAUGAGUUACAUUUUCUAUUAUUAUUCUAUUAUUUUUGUUUCUUUAAUGUCUUUAAUAGUCCUUUUUUACUAAGUUAGUUGAAUUGUAAAUUGAACACUUACCAGAUAUUAAUGUCCAUUGGGAAUGAAAUAAUGUGUCCCCUAAAUAAUGGCCUUUGGCUAUGGCUUAUAUAAAACAAAAGACAAGCCUAAAAUUAUAGCUUAUAAAAUAGUUGGCACUAUUAUUUUGUAUGUUGACAGAUCUCUACUCAAUUUCUUGCCUUCAGAUUGCUUUUACUAAAUAUUGAAUUUGGUUGGAAAACAAAUCUGUUUAAUUAAUUUUCCCCUUUUGUGCAAUUGGUAUAAAGCAUUCUAGAAAGGCAUAUUGGUUACUAAUCUUUUCAAACAAAAAACUUUGAAAUUAUUUGACAAAUUUAUUUUUUUUUAAAGGAGUUGAGCUAUUUUUGGGAGGAGGAUACUUUUUGUUAAAUAUUGUUCCUUCGGUUGAAAUUUAUUAUAACUGUGGGAACAUAGUAAACUUCAAACAUCGCAAACUACUUUUAAACUUUUGUAUGUGAACUGUUUACUGAAUGUUAUUGUCAAAGUUUUUUUUCAAUACUUUUUUCACUGAAUACUAUGUAAAUUAACAAACUAAUCGUAAAACUAUAUUAAUUAGAUUGUCUGUAGUUUAUUUCUAAAUAGUUUUAUGUUUUGAUUUAAAUAUGUGAAUAAAGUACAAGCACACUUUUU